GAGGCACGGAGCCGAGACCGCGUCGCCCUACUGCCCCGCGCCCCCACCUCGCCCCAGGCGCCCGCCUCGCGCCCUCGCCGCCGGCUCGCCUCCACCCUCCAGACAACCUCCGUCGGCCUCCGCCGCAACAGCCAGUCCCGGCCGCCCUUCCCCAAUUCCCCUCCCCUGAACCCUAGGCAGAGCAGCCGAGCAGGGAGGCCGCCGGCGCCGUCGACCGGCGUUCGUUACGGCCCGGCUACGUUGCUCCGGCGGCGUGGAGAAGGCCAGCAGCAGGCCAGCAGCUGAGCAGCCCCCAGUUCAUCCUCCAACCAUUUAGAAUGAAGCAUUAGAGGUUGUCCUAUAUUGGAGCGUUCCUCCAAUCUCAAAGCUACAUUUUCUUUUGGUUGAUGUGCCCUCUGCAAGGUGGACCACCCUACUUCAGAAUCCUGGAUCUGCUGCUGGACAACAGUUCCUCUCCUCGCCGCUUCUCCCAGCGUGGCUGUACCUGACGCCGCCGGCCCGCCUUCUUGCGCUCUCUCGCCCGGGUGACCCUUCGUGCCUAAUUAAUGGCAGUGACGGGGUUUAUGGAGCUCGCACUUGACCAGGCCAAGCUUGCGCUGGACAACCUCGAAGUUCCUGUAGGAUGUGUGAUUGUAGAGAAUGGGAAGGUUAUUUCAUCUGGUAGCAACAAGACCAAUGCCACCCGAAACGCUACCAGACAUGCUGAGAUGGAAGCAAUCGAUGUCCUUCUCCGUGAGUGGCAGAGUAUUGGCCUUGACCAGCCACUAGUUGCGGAGAAGUUCGCAGGAUGCGACCUCUAUGUCACGUGUGAGCCCUGCAUAAUGUGUGCUUCAGCAUUAGCAAUACUAGGAAUAAGGGAAGUAUACUUCGGUUGUGCGAAUGAUAAAUUCGGAGGAUGUGGAUCAGUCAUGUCAUUGCAUGAGAGUUCUUCGUCAGAUGAUUUGACAGGGAGGCAAGAUACCAGACCAAGAGGUUUUAAAUGUACCGGGGGGAUAAUGGCAGAAGAGGCAGUAGCUCUUUUCAGGAAUUUCUAUGAACAAGGAAACCCGAAUGCGCCGAAGCCUCACAGACCUGUCCGGGUAGAUCAGCAAUGACCUGUAAUACAAGCAUGACGAGGAAGAUCACAGGGAUUUUAGAUUUAAUUAAGUGAUGGAAAUCUGCUUAAGGUUUGGGACAUGAUUUGAGCUGAGCACUGCUGCCAUUACAUAGUAUCAUUGUGUUCUUUGCAAUAAGCUAUGUGCUGAAACUUACUGCAGCAUCUGUUUAUGGGUCUGCUAUUGUUAUUUGCAGAUCUACAGGCUACAGGUCAGGCGAUUCAAGAUUUUUUUUUUGUUCCAUUGUUGAUUACCUUGUGUUCACCCAAAAAUUUACCCUUGUGCGGUUGCAGAUAUCCAUCAUUUGCAACCUUGAAAGUCUGAAAGACAUUUGAUUUCUCUUUUA